UCUAACUUACUAAAAAUGUGGAAAUGUAAAAAAAUUAAAAAAUAGCAUAAUCGCUUUAUCUAACUUCCUUAUUUUACUUGUAAAACAACCUGGGGUGAAGUGCUUUCUGGCCUUCUUAACAAUUUUUUAAAAAUACGCGGGGGAUUUUUGUUUCCCUCCAUCGGAUCUACCAAAGCAGAGCUCAGCCGGGUUUCUUUCCUUCCUUCCACCUCUCUUCGCUUUCCCUCUCCACCCGAAACCAGAAUGCGAAAGAACCCAAAUCACUACCAGACAAAGCCGGCCAUGUCCGGCAUCUCCAAUGCCUCCCUUCGCCAUUUCUUCCCCCCUUAAUUUCCAACCCUUCCUCAAAACGUAUCUUCUUCAUCCUUCCCCCUUUCUCCCUCCCACCACCAUGUGUCGCCUCCUCCUUCUCCGACGACCACCACUCUGCCGCCUCUCCCGUUCCUCCCCAAACCCCACUACUACUACUACUUUCUAACUUCCCCUCCCUCUCCAUUCAUCGAUUCCUCCUCUCCUUUAAGAGACGGCCAUCUGAAAAAUCGAAGAAAUCCCCAACAAAACCCUAGAAACAUGGGCGCCGCUCAGGGGAAGCAGCACAGCUCAAUUUCGCCCAACAAAGGGCAGGGGAAGGUGAAAUUGGUUAAUGGGUUCCCACCCACGAGGCGGAAAAUCGAUGGGCAGCAUCGAAGAUCGAUGGGUCCUCAUCAUCGGGGAUCGGGUCGGAGGUACGGCGACAAGGGCGACCCGAAACCGCCUCUCCGGACGUACACCGGUGGGUUCGCUGCCGGCGGCGAUGGUGGAGGGAGUUAUGGGGAGAAGGAAGAGAAGGAUGGAAGGGAUAGAAAAAUGAAGAGUGAAGGCGGCGGUGGGAGUGGUGGGAGCGAAGGCGGCGGUGGUGGAAGAAUGGAUCCGAUUAGGGGAAUGGAUCCGUUUGGUGUGGAGGAGACCGUCGAUGGCUGGCCUAAGUGGCUCGCCGAUAACGUUCCUAAAGAGGUUUUAGCUGGCGUGGUUAGGAAGAGCGCCGAGGAUUAUGUUAAGCUCGAUAAGAUAGGAUCAGGAACCUACAGCAAUGUGUACAAGGCACGAGAUAGAGAGAGUGGGAAGAUUGUGGCUCUAAAGAAGGUGAAAUUGGACACAUCCGAGCCGGAGAGUGUGAAAUUCAUGGCCAGAGAGAUCAUGAUACUGCAGAAGUUGGAUCAUCCAAAUAUUGUCAAGCUCGAAGGGAUCGCGACUUCCAGGCUUCAGUACAGUCUUUACCUGGUCUUUGAUUUCAUGCAGACCGAUCUCCAAACGGUCAUUUCUCGGUACGAGGGGAAACUCACUGAACCACAGGUGAAGUCGUAUAUGCAGCAGCUGCUAUCAGGGUUGCAGCAUUGCCAUGAUAAGGGGAUUUUGCACAGAGAUAUUAAAGGAGCAAACUUGUUGAUUGACAAAUAUGGGAUGCUCAAGAUUGCUGAUUUCGGGCUUGCGAAUUAUUAUUCUACUAAACGCAAGAGACCUCUCACUAGCAGGGUGGUGACGCUUUGGUAUAGAGCUCCUGAACUUUUGUUGGGCUCUACAGAUUAUGGUGUGGGGAUUGACCUAUGGAGUGCUGGGUGUCUGAUGGCAGAAAUGUUUACUGGCCGCCCAAUCAUGCCUGGGAGAACAGAGGUUGAGCAAUUGCAUAGGAUCUUCAAGCUAUGCGGCACACCAUCAGAGGAUUACUGGAAAAAACUUAAGCUAUCAACAACUUUUCGGCCCCCUCAUAUAUACAAACCGAAUAUCCUCAAAGCUUUCCAAGAUUUCCCUGAAUCUUCAUUUGGCCUGUUGACUAGUCUUCUUGCUUUAGAUCCUGGGUACCGGGGAUCUACACACUCAGCUCUCAGCAACCAAUUCUUCUACACGAGCCCUUUGGCGUGCGACUUAUCUGGUUUACCUGUGCUUCGCAAGGAAGAAGAUGAACAAGCUAACGAAUCGAGAAAGUCAAGAAGCUCCAACAGGCAACGAGCCAGGAAGCAUCACGAGAGAAGGAAAGAAGUGGCUGUUGAAAGAGACAUUGUUCAUGUAGAACAGGAUCCGGAAAUGGCCAACUUCACGCCGCUAGAGGUUGGGAGCAGUGCUACAACUGCCACUACUAGCAGUGGAAGUUCCUCCGGAAGGAAGCAGCAGCUAACUGAGAGGAGUGUAAGCCCUCCACCAGCUCUGAAUAUGUAUUCGCCAGUUGAUUCAUCGCACCGAAAGUUGUUGUUGUCUCCGGGAGAAAGCCCGAGUCCACCCACGAGCAACAAGAACACGAAGAACCACCUUCCUCCAUUACCGAUCUCCAAGGCGAGCAGCAUCAGAUACCUCAAGAACGAUGACAAUAUGUACAGAAUUAGAGCAGCAGUAGUUCAGAGGUCUGCUUCUUCAAGGGAUUUCAGGAAGUUGAAGACUAGGAAACAACAUGUAGAACAACUCUAAGUUCUCCAAAGCCAAAUCCCCAUUUCUUCAUGUUAGGAAGCAAAAAAAAUGGGGAAAUGGGGGAGAAAGACUUCUGCGCUGCUCUUCAUUUUUGAGUUGCUAAUCUGGUGCAACUUGAGGGUUUUGUCUUUCUUUAUCUAAUAUAUUAUUUAUAAGGUAUUUUCCUUUAAACUCAUUUACAAAGCUUGCCGCAAUAAGUAAUACAUAAUACAUGUUUUCGCAUACAGGUUUAUAUAUAUAAUACCGCAUAUAAAUUAUGCCAUCUUUUUGUAACUAGCUUAUAACCCGGCACUUUGGCCGGAAUGCUCAUAUUUGAUUAUUUGUAUUUUUAUGUUACUUUUAAGUCUAUUAAUCCGUUUAAUCUUAUUGAUAAUCAUUCGAUCGAGAUGAUACAUAAAGAAAUAAUAUAUAGGUCGAAGAUUCGGAGAAAUAUCAUAAUCAUUUAAGAAUAUAAAAUAUAAAAAUGUAUCAUUGACCCCAUUUUCAUAAUGCUAAUUAAGUCCCUGUUAAAAUGCUAUUGGUUAGUUUUCUUUUACAGUCAAGAAAUAUAGAGUAUAAAAGCUCACUGAAAUUCUCACACAACCCAUAGAUAGUUUGAAACUAAAUCUUAAACCUCACAAUCCUAUAUAAAGGGUUCAAUGCUCUCCUUUUAGAAACAAUAUGUCACUAAUCAAAAAGAAAUGGAGAGUUGUUGAUUCAAGUCAUCUAUAUAAUAAAAACUCAGCUAAGAGGGGACCAUCACAACUUGAGAGCAAACGAAAAAAUCAGGGUUAUCUCCAAUAUACGAAUAGACUCGAUCAAAGUAAUAAGGCGCAAAAUUAGACACUCCUUAUCUAUUAGUUCCAGUAGGUUGAAUAAAGAAGCGACCUAUUUCAAACAAUCAAUCAAUGAUUCCUCGUUUUAAGAUAGAAAUAGGUUAUGACAGUUGCAAAAGCCAUAAACAUAAAGAUCCAAUAGCCACCACUCUUCGUUGUACAACCAAAUUUCUAUCUCAAGAGGCAUAUAUUCAACCAAAAAUUCAAUUUCUAAUAUUCCUUCUACAACUUCAGUUAUUGAUGAACUCCAUUCUAUUCGCCAUGAAUUGAUAUCGGAGUUGAAAUCUUCUACUCGCCCAGCUUAAAAUCCCCAACAAUAAAACCGUAGUGCCAAGAGAUACCUGAAGAUUGAUUUUCAAUGACAGUCUUGUACUGGGAAGUGAAAGGCGCAAACUAUUGCACGAUGGAUGAAAUUUCAGAGGAAGUUAUAAAGAGAAAAUAACAAAGAUUAAAAAAAACACAAAAUUUAAAUUGAAAAUUGCAAGGAUACAACAGUAGUUACAUAAUUAGUUUCUUCCAUGUUGGCCAAUUACCCAUUUACCUUUAGCAAAAAUUAAAGAGAGAGCGAGAAUUUAAAAUUGAGAAAAUUACAUGAAACUCUACUAUGAAAAUAGAAGUAUCAAGCUCGAUAAAAAUAAAUACGGUAGACUUAGUGAGCUUGCUAAUUAUGAUAAAAAGUCCUCUGAUUUUCAGAAAUUAACUUUGUCUAUUUUUUUUAUCAAAAAGAAUGCAAUAAAUUUGUUUAGUGUAACUGGUUGUGAUUGUUAUUUUUGUUUGAAGAGACCCGGGUUCAAACCUUGAUAUUGCUAUUUUUAUAUGAAAUAAAUAAUAAAUGUGUAAAGACAAAAAUGACCUUCCUACUUUCACUCUCGUUGCAGGAAAUUUGAAAUGGAGAAAAGUACACAAAAUUCUACCAUAUAUUAAUGGAGGAUUAAUAAACUUUUGGGUUCUGUAAGAAAUUAAUAAGGUUUUCAUCUUUUGUCUGCUGUCCUUUCUCCACGGAGUAGAGGAUCUUGCACACUCAAACUCAUGAAUUCUGCAGAAUGGAUUUUUGGGGUCAGUAAAAUUCGACGGUCAAAGUUUAGGGUACGUUUUACUUUCAUUUUGUAAGUCAUUUUGCAACAAAAAAGAAAUAUCGUUAAAAGUGAAGUUGUCAUUUCUGAGAAAUAAAACGUGAGAUUUUCA